UUCUUUAUAUUCUGCUGCUUAAUCCAUAAGCUUUUCAAACCAUCCUCUUUCUCGGCUUUUCUGUCUUUUUAACGUUAAAACGCCACAACUGUGUCUUCUUGUCCGAUCAAACCCAACUGGUGCAGAAGAGAGAGAGAGAGAGGGAUCAGAAAAUGGGAAAGGAUAGGAAGAUUGGCGUUGCCAUGGACUUCUCAAAGAGCAGCAAGAACGCGCUGGAAUGGGCUGUGGACAAUUUGCUUGACAAAGGUGACACCCUUUACAUCAUCCACAUCAACCCCAACUCCCUCGAUGAGUCUCGUACCCAACUCUGGGCCCAAUCUGGUUCUCCUCUGAUUCCAUUGACAGAGUUCAGAGAGCCCGACAUCAUGAAGAAGUACGAUGUCGAAACUGAUAUUGAAGUUCUUGAUACACUUGACACUGCUUCCAGGCAGAAAGAGGCGAACAUUGUGACGAAACUGUACUGGGGAGAUGCAAGGGAGAAGCUUCUUCAAGCGAUUGAAGAUCUGAAGCUGGACUCUUUGGUCAUGGGAAGCAGGGGCCUUGGUACCAUCAAAAGGAUCCUGCUGGGGAGUGUGAGCAACUAUGUGCUGACAAAUGCUCCAAUCCCUGUGACCAUUGUCAAGGACCCAAGCUUGCAACACCAUUGAAUCACGGACAGUUGGAAACUUUGGAUUUGGUUUUUCAAUAAUGUUUCAUCACCUUUUAUGUUUUAUUUGAUCUUGGUUUUACUAGAAUAUUUCAAGUUAUGAUGCCGAACAGAUGGAAAUGUACUCUGUUUUGAAGAUGGUUGGGCUCCAUUGGUUCUGGGUUUGUGUAUUAAUUUGGUUUGUCUCAUUGCCUUUACGCGCAUUCGUGAAAUUAUUGAA